AUGGCGAGAAUCAAUCUCAGUAGACUUCUAGUUUUGUUAGCUAUAGCCCAAUAUGGAGGGGCAAGUGACAUUUUUCGAACACCCAGACAAUCGGGUCCAGGUGGUAUAUUCACUAUAGGUAAUGGUGAGCAGUGCUUGGGAGCAGACAGAUCCACGGGCGGCGUGUGUCUGUCAAGAAACCAAUGUAAUACUCAGGGAGGAAAAGCGAUCGGUUUCUGCGGAGUAUUCGCUACGUGUUGCUCUUUGAAUGCUUGCGACGUGAGGACUAACACGAAGGUGGCCGUCUUCAUCAAUCCACCUCUGAACAAGGAGUCUUCGGGUCUGGAGUGUUCUUACAACGUGGAAAUAAACAACAACAACGUGUGUCAAAUGAGAAUUGACUUCGAGACAUUCAACCUGGCGCCGCCCACCACCGUGGAUCCAGUAGAGAACGUUACUCAUCGCCCAGGUUACGUCUGCAAGAACGACAUCUUCCAGAUCACUAACCUGCAAGCAAACUCCGACCUGCUGCCUUCACUGUGUGGUGACAACAACGGACAACAUUUGUACGUGCGAGUGAACGCCACAACCAAUUCCCGGUCAAUCCGUCUGAACUUCAAGUUGGCUGAUCGCGUCUCUCAACCUAAUCUUCCUCAGGCCACGUGGAAGAUCAAGGUCACUCAGUUGGAGUGUUUUAACACCCUCGGUAAAUACCGCGAUGGUAUCUUGGACGCCAUUACAGCGUCACUUCCAGCGACGCCCUUCUCGUCAACAGCAGACAGAGACGAGUAUUUAAUAGCCCCGCCCGGCUGUCUCCAGUACUAUCCCGACCGGGCCGGUUUCUUCGAGUCUUUCAACUACAAUCGAGGAGCUGGUCCUUACAUAGCCAACCUCGCGUACGCCACAUGCUUCAAGAGGACAUCUGACGUUUGUGGCAUCAAACUAACAGCAGCCAGUUUCGACAUGGCGUAUCACGAUGAUUCCAACUUGUACCUGGACACCGACUGCCAAAUGAACCCCGUCACUCAAGGCCUCACGUUGUCUGAAGACUACCUCUUCAUCCCAGAAGCAGAAACCGCUGAUGGUCUAAGAGGCUCCAAGUUCUGUGGCUCCAGUGCAUCCAAUCAGAUCAUUGCUUCGACGCCCCCCGGACCUCUCUACGUGUACUUCCACAGCGACAACCUCGUGACGCAGGACAUCAACGAAUCAGGCUACAGGUUCAAUUACAACGUGCUCAAUAACUGCUAUCUCAAUAAACGCAAUUAG